AUGUUCGAACGUUUGGCAAUUCCACCGCCAAAUGAAAAACGGUCCAGGCAGUCUGAGCCAUCGAGUGAGGUGACAACAGAAGAACAUGUAAAAGCCUCACCGCUGCGAUCUGAAGGAUCAGAAAAGAUUAAAAAUGGUCAGCAUGAUCCGAUUUUUGUCGAGUAUCGCAAGAGAAAACACACUCCACUGCAUUUAACAUCACCAAUGCGUACACUGGAUGAUGAUUAUAAAGUCAUUAAGCCAACUAACUCACAAGAAAAGAUUUCUGGAUUUGCUAAUCUCGGCAACACGUGUUACAUGAAUGCAAUGCUCCAGGGACUGUUUGCCAUGGAUAUUUUUGCCAGAGAUCUUUUCAAGCUUUGUAAGAGAGUUCAGAGUCGUAAAAUGAACUUGGAUGAAGUGGUACCAAUGAGCUUAGCUCUUUCGAGCCUUGCAAGUGUUCGAGACAGGGCUUCAUAUCAGCAAAAACGAGAAAUAUUGGCAGCAGUAAAAGAUUUAUCGCGUUUUAAAGGCAAUAUUCAGCAGGAUGCAAAUGAAUUCUUGGUCCGUGUACUCAAUCAAGUUCACGAAGAAUGUGAUAAGGUAUUGCGUGAACAAUAUGGAAUUGUAGAUGUCGCAGAAAGACGCAUGCGGAAUCCAGUAAUGGCAAAUUUUGCUUUCACUAUGCAAAGCACUAUUAUCUGUAAUAUGUGCCAUCAUGUCUCACAAACUGUUGAAGACAGCAUCAUUUUACCAGUUACUAUCAGUGCUUUGGAUCAUCCAAGUGAACGAUUUUCGAGAAAUUUUUCACGUUUUCCAAGUGUGCAAACGUUGCUGGAUGAGUUUUUGAAGACGGAAAACAUCGACAGGAAAUGCGAACUUUGUCAAGGGAAAAGUGGACAAAGAACACAAAAAUUUGUUCAACUUCCACGAUGUCUCAUAAUACUCAUCAAACGUUACGUUUAUGAUGUAUCGAGAAGUGUGAAACGUGCUGAUAAGAUUGAUAUUCCCUUAUAUUUGACUCUAAAUGGACAUUGUGUUGAGUCACCAGCGCCGUUUCCCGCCAUAUCACCAAGUACAAAAGAAAUCGAUUUCACAACUGCGAGUCCGAUGAAGACAAAGCUACUAAAAACAUCAGCUGAUGUGUCUUCACCAGCUAGACGACGUUUAGAUUUGUCAGAUGAGGAAACCAGUUAUGGUACUCGAAAAAUCAGUGCUGCUGAGGAGACGCAUCCUGCGAUAACAAGUCUCUGCGGUCAUUCCAUGGAUUGUAGAAUAGUGCAAACUAACACAGCUGCGAAUCGUGAUAUAGACUUUGCUGUUCCUGGUAUUGGUUCGAAGUUCAAGGACGGAGAUCAAGUAGCUGAAGAUUUUGUUGUACCGUGGAACUCAGCAGAAGAUUUUAAAAGAUCGAAAUCACCGCGUAGCUUAACGUGCGAAGAAUUAAAUCAUAUGAGCGAAGAAGAGCAACUGCAAGUGGUUUGCGAACGAAGCUUGAUAGAGACGGAGUUUUUGAGUAGUCAGAAUAAAUCAAGUGAUUCAUCUGUAUCUCUUGAAUUCCCGGAAGCCGAGGCCGAAGAAGAGAUUGAAGAGAGCCACAUGAAUUCUCUUGCACAGUCACCGACGCAGACGAAGCAGACGCAGGAGGACUAUGUUGUUAAUGAGAUUGUGGCGAAAAACUACGAUGUGUCGUGCUUUUUACAAAGAGGGAUGAAAAUUGCUGUAGCCGACGUACAAAAAGCCACUGAAGACAAAAGAGACCGAACUAGACCGUCUACACCUGUUCCUCCUAACACUCCGACUAGUAUGACCGAGCAACAUCAAGGAAAAAUAUCGCGCGAGAGUAGUCCAUUCAGUGAUGAUGAUAAAGAAAUUUUGGAGGAAUCUGGUGCGCAGCUGGUACCGUACAAACCGAUAUCUGCUGAAAAACGACGUGCUAUUUGUUCUCGAAUUGGUUUACUCUUCAAUUACGAUUGCAUUGAAAAAACCACUGUUCGCAUAAUGAGUCCAAAUGAUCGUCCAUCUCGAGUUGCUGACAUUGUUGGUGACGGCAACUGCUUGUUCCGAGCACUGGCUUUUUACUUCGCUGGCAGUGAUCUCGAACAUUCGAGAAUUCGAGAAUGCAUUGUUGAAUUUGAAGCUGAGCACUGGAAUGAAUUUGCUGCUUUGAAAGGCUGGUCGUCAGAUAUCUGGAAUGAACACAUGAACCGUUUGUUAACUGAUAACACGUGGGGUACCGAAAUUGAACUUUUCGCAGUCGCAGCAAUGUUAAGUGUUGAUGUGUGGACAUAUUAUGAUCAGCGAUGGAUUUGCUACCGACCAAGAUUUAGAGUUCAAAAUGGUGAUACUAUACAUAUAUCGGUUGAUGACUAUCGUAAAAGUGAUAAUGAUGGUAUAUAUUUAUUGAAUGAAUCCAAUCAUUUUACGCCGGUGCUUGAACCUUCGAAUGCACUUCUCCUGAUGGAAGGUGCUGACGAGCGGAUUUGUGAUCUAGUUAUAAACGCCAAUGAAGGUUUCAUGAAGCCGUCUUAUCGGCUUAUAUCGGUUAUCAGUCAUCUCGGGUGUACAAGCGAAAGCGGCCACUAUAUAUGUGAUACCUGGUGCAAGAAAAAUAAAGGUUGGCUGCUGUGUGACGACGAAGCAGUUUCGCCGAUCACUGAAUCAAAGAUACCGGCCAGGAGUAAUGUCGGAUAUAUCUAUUUUUACCUUAAUAGCGAACUUUUCGAGAGUGAGAAUGCUUGACUGGUGAAAAUCAAGAACCAGUUAUUGUUUUAUCGAUAAUUGAUCAACGUUUUGAGAUUUUUGGGUUUAUUCUUCGUUGUUUGUUAUUUCAAAAUUUCGAAUUUUUCGCUGCCUUACCUUCAAGUUGUCGUUACAAUGAAUGUGGAUGUGAUAGUAACUUUGUGACUGAAUAUGGAUGUGAUAGUUGCUGUCGGCUUAUUUUUGAUGGGUAUCAAGUCUUCAUAUCAAAACGCUGACAAAAUUUUCGAAAUUUU